AUGCUUUAAAAAAAAUGUAGAUGUUUAGAAAUAGAUUACUAGGAUGAAGAUAAUAAUGAGCCUAUAGUAUAUCAUGGAUAUACAUUAAGUUCUAAACUAAUAAUCGCAGAUUUUAUAAAAACAGAUAUUAAAUUGCUCCGUUUGCUCAUAUUCCCUAUGGGAGAAUAUUAAAAGACUGAUAAUAAUUAUGUUCAUAAUACUAAAUUGAAUGUACCUUGUAUAGUAAUAAAAGAAGAAGAUGCCGAAUUAUUGAUAAAUUAAUUAGAAAAUAAUAAUGAACUUUAACUUUAAAUUACAUUCACUAAAAAAAAGUUCGAAAAAUUAGAUAUAAAAUUAUUUUUAAAUCUACCAUCUUUAAAAACAAAUUAUUUAUUAAAAAGAAUUACCAUAGAAAAAUCAAUAUUAAAAAAUAAUUAAACUGAAUUUUAUCCUAUAUAUAAUAUUUAUGAAUGUUAACAAUGUAAAGAAUAGUAAUUUCAAUCUUAUGCAUUAGAUUGUAUAUAAAAUGGUAGAUUUUGUACAAGUGACCCUGAUAGGUAAAAUAGGGUGCCAUUACCAAAAUAAUAUAUGGUUUCUACAGGCGAAAACAUAAUUUAAGAAAUCAUAAGAAGAAAAUAAUGA